AUGAUCGACGAAACCAUCGAUACCGUCCGUUCCCUCCUCACCAAGUGGGACCCAUCCGCCGCCGCCUCCUCCGACCCCUCCCUCUUCCGCGAUGGCAGAGCCGAAGCCCGAGACUUCAUCGCCUCCGUCAACCACCUCCGCAGGGUUAUGCACCUCCUGCUAUCCGCCCACUCCCCCACCGACCGCCUCCUUCUCGCCCACACCCUCUUGCAGCUAGCCAUGAAACGCCUCGAGAAGGAGUUCUACCAGCUCCUCUGCGCCAGCCGCCACCGCCUCGACGCCGACUCCAUCUCCGCUCCUUCCUCCCGCCUGUCCGGCGACGAAGAUGCUGUCUCCGAGGACUACGCCAGAGUAGCCGACGAAGCCGCCUCGGUUUGCGACGAUCUGAGGAUGAUUGCGGAUUGCAUGAUUAGAUCUGGAUACGGGAAAGAGUGCGCGAAGAUUUAUAAAAUUAUCAGAAAAUCGAUCGUGGAUGAAGAGAUGUAUAGGAUGGGAAUUGAACGGCUGAGAUCCGCCAAGGUGCAGAGAUUUGAUGGGGAAGUGCUGGAGAAGAGAAUCCAUGACUGGAUCAACGCGAGCAAGACCGCCGUGACUACUCUUUUUCGCGGGGAGAGAAUCCUCUGCGAUCACCUUUUUCCUGCGUCCGAGUCCAUCAGAGAAUCGUGCUUCUCUGAGGUGUCACGAGAAGGAGCGGUUAAUCUGUUGAGAUUCCCAGAACUCGUCGCAAAGACAGCUAAGAGUUCGCGGGCGAAUAUUUUCCGGCUACUAGACCUGCACGAGGCAAUGUCCGAUCUUCAACCGGCGAUCGAACUAACAUUCUCGUUCGAAUCAACCGCCCCCGUCCGAUCACAAGCGUGCAACACACUUCUCAAACUCAGCAACGCAGUCCGUGCAUCGCUGUCAGAGUUCGAAUCGUCGAUUCAGAAUGACUCGUCGAAAAAGCUGGUAGACGGCGGUGGAAUCCAUGAGCUUACGCGUUCGGCGAUGGGCCACCUCGUUCGACUCGCCGAUUAUAGCCCUGUGCUCUCCGACAUUGUUGCUCAGAUUCCGGCUCAGUAUAAAUCUCCGUUUCCUGAAUCCUUCUUCGCAGCUUCGAAUUCCGGUGAGUCGCCGGCGAAAACCUUGUCCGUACGCAUCGCGUGGCUCGUACUCGUCCUCCUCUGCAAGCUCGACACGAAGGCCAAUCUCUACAAGGACGUUUCACUCUCCUACCUCUUCCUCGCCAACAACCUCCACUUCGUCGUCGAGAGGGUCCGUCGGUCGAACCUCCGGCGCAUCCUCGGCGAGGAGUGGGUAUCGAAACAUUCACAGAGGGUGAAGCAAUACGCGGCGAAGUACGAGUCAGCGGCCUGGACGAAGAUACUGCACCUGCUGCCGGAGAAGCAAGCCACGGCGGUACCGCAGGAGGAAGCGAAGGAGUGCUUUCGGCGAUUCAACGAGGCGUUCGAGGAGGCGUACCGGAAGCAGAGGUCGUGGGUCGUGGUGGACGGCAAGCUCCGAGACGAGAUAAAGGUUUCGAUAGCGAAGAAUAUCGUGCCGGCAUAUCGAGAGUUUUACGAUACGUACGUUUCGGCGCUGAGGGGAGAGAAGGAUUUGGAGCUUCUGGUCAGAUUUUGCCCUGACAAUUUGGGGAAUUACCUGUCGGACAUGUUCCACCGCAUGGGAAGCUCGACUUCUACAUCGUCGUCUUCGUCUUGGUCUUCGUCACUACGGAAAUCUCUCUCUCUCUGA